UUUCACACUGGAUUUACAAACAGAAUCUCUGAAUGAGAAAACUGAGCAAAUUUGCCGAGUCACAAGGAAAAAAUGCCAAAGUCAGCAAAUGGACAGGAAAAUGUACUUCCUUUCUCUGGCUGAUCCAGUUCUCUGGACAAUGACAGGAAAGGACCUUCCCCUUCUCUUCCUCUGCUGUUUUCAUUAUGGCUUUGUGCAUUCCUGUGUCCAGAGAAUCACAGGAGCCUCAGGGGCAACACUUCAUUCCAGGCACCCCCAGGACUUACUCAGGUGCAAGAAGUGGCAGUCAUCACAGUCUCUGCUCUUUGUGGGGCCCUGCAGAUGUAGUCGGAGGAACUCCACUGAGUGUUUAUUCUACAACUGCCCUGUGCAGAGCAAUGACAAUGAAAUGCUUCCAUCUACUGGUCUUGCUGUUGGCGUUUCAAUUGGUAUCUGCAAUUCCUGCAAUUCCUCAGUGCCUGGAAAACUGCACAUGUCUUACUCUUCAACAACAUGUGCUUUGUGGCAAUGCCAGCCUCACGUCAGUUCCAUCUAAUGUGCCAAACAAUACAGUGGAACUCCACCUGCAGAACAACUUCUUCUCUGAGCUUCAUGACCAUUUCCUCCAGGAUUUGCCUGAACUCAGAGGCCUCUACCUGAGCAAUUGUGGAAUCAACAACAUUGAUGAGGACGCUUUCCAAAGUGUGAAAAGUAUCAGUUACCUGCACCUGGACAGAAACCGUUUGGGGGACCUCCAGGAAGGCACAUUCAGCAAUCUGAGCAGCCUCAUUUACCUGCACCUGGAGAGCAACCAGAUCACUUCCAUUCGUGAAGGUUUAUUUGCCCCUCUGAAGAAGCUCAGCGCUCUGUAUCUUAGCAACAACUUGCUGCAGGAGCUCACUGAUGGGUCUCUGAAUGGUUUAACCCAGUUACGCUGGUUGGAUUUGGGUUUCAAUAUGAUCUCCAGAAUAUCUAAUCAGUCCUUUAGUGCUGUUACCAACCUCCGGAAACUCAACUUGGAAAGAAACAACUUGACCGGCGUUCCCUGGGCAAUCCGACGUAAGAGUGGCCUGCAGAUGCUGCGACUAAGUGGGAACGGUAUAAAGAGACUUUCUUCAUCUUCAUUUGGCAGAAGCCUGAGGUUCAUCACAGAACUCUAUCUGGACAGUUUGGGGCUGGAGAAGUUGACCAGCAUGACCUUCAUGAAGCUGCGGCUGCUGAAAGAGCUUGACUUGAGGAACAACUCUCUGCAGUCUCUGUCUGUGUCCAAAGUUAAAAUUUUCACAAAGAUCUACCUUACUGGCAACCCUUGGAGAUGUGACUGCUCAUUGAUUGGACUCCACACACGGCUGCAGCAGGCCAAAAACCUGGACGUGGAACAACAGGCACAGUGCGACACCCCAAAGGCACUAAAGGGCCAAAGUCUUAUCAACAUUAGUCUCUUGAAGUUGACUUGCCCGGUUUUGGGGGAAGACGUACCAGUCACACCUUCAACUCCAAUUUCAUCUGAACCAAACGGAUUAGCAAAGACGUCCAUACGUUCCGUAAUGAAGACCAUGAAACCCACCACAGUUGCCUACAAGAUCUCACCAAAACCAACGCCCCAUCCCACUGCUGGAAACAAUAAGAUUGAAGAAGAGGUGCAGGACCCGUGCCUUGCCGAGCACAUCUCCAAUGUUGCGGUGAAGCCCGCUGAGCAGGGAUCUCUGGAUGUGUCAUGGUCUGUACAUGGGGAUUACAAACAGUUUGAGAUCCGUUACAGCACUGAACAAGAGAAGUCCUCUCUAAACAUUGUUGGGGACCUUACAAAUAUUCGUCUAUACCAUCUACACCCUGGAAGCAGCUAUAGAGUGUGCAUUGUGCCUCAAAAUGUGAUUAUCACUAAAUGCCAGUUGCCAAAGACCCGACAGUGUGCAGAUGGUCAAACAGAUGGUGUUCCUGAGCAAGCCUAUCAUGUCUAUUCUCCUCCUAAAUCUACUUCUCCUGUAGUGACAAUUGGAGUGUCCGUAGGUUUGGUAGCACUGGUAGCAGCUGCCAUCUUUGCUGUGUAUACUCUGCGCUCCCACAAAAUCCAGUUUCAACGAUAUUAUAAUGAAGACAGGGCCGAGGGCAGUCGGAAACAAGAGACAGAUCCCUACAAGUGGGAUGGUGUAUAUGAGAACAUUGAUGAUGACAGGCACGUGUACGUCACUGCAGCCAGUCUAUGGGGAAUGGAUAACGAGAUACUUGACUGUAGUUUGGCUGAACCAAACCCACUUUCUUCUGUCCCAAAAUAUCAAACUCUUUAAAUGUACUGAAUGAAUGGCAACUGUGUAAUAGGUAAAAAGCUUUACUAUGUAGUUCAGAAGUAAAUAGGUGUAAUGAAAGAAUCUUCUUCUAACCAAUGGUAAAUGAGUAUGCCAUCCCUAUUGCAGCUUAAUGUCACAAGCCUUAUACCAAGCAAAUAACGGCCAAUCAGUCCUAUGACUGGAGUAGAGAAGAUAUGAUUGAACAAUUCUCCUGCUUCUGUAACGAGUAUAACAAAGGUACUGCCAUCUGUACAGUUCACCCUCACUCCAUUCACCAUAUUCAUGUGGCACAGAGAGGCCACUCACACUGCAAGUCUCAUAUAAAAUGUAAAGUACAUUGACUUGAAUAAGUAAACAGCCUAUUU